AUGACAUUUACACUUGGCUCCGCCAGCGCCGCCCCCGCACCGGAGCAGGCCGCCGGCAGCCUCUACCCCCCACCAGCAGACCGAUCCAACGAACGGAACAACGAAUGGCAAAUCGCCCGAAGGGAUUCGUUCAAUCAGCUCCAGCGCGAGUCCGGAUACACGCUCGAGGACGACACUGUGACACAGUUCCGCGAAAGCGUUCUGUCCGGCGAGUGGGCAGAGGUCGAGCGCGGCCCUGGCGUCUAUCGGCGUCGAGGCGCAGUCGAUGCUCAAUGUAAGUUGCCUACUGCUCUUGCUGCCAGUCCACCUCCACACUCGGCGCGGUUCACCAUCAAGCGGCAGCAAUUCCUCGAGCUGCUUGAGGCACGCAGGCUGAAGCAGGCGCUGCUGGUGCUGCAAAACGAGCUCAGCGCCCUGACUGACGAUAUUCCGCAGCUGCACCGCCUCUCGAGUCUGCUCAUGUGCCCAUCACCCGCUGAUCUCUACACUGCUUCCAGCUGGGAUGGCUGCCAGGGCCGGUCGCGCUUCCAGGUGCUCGAGUCUCUACAGGCCUUCAUUUCGCCGCGCCGCAUGGUUCCGGCCCACCGCAUGGAGACCCUGUUCAAGCAGUCGAUACGCAGCCAGGAGGCCAACUGCGAGCACCACACGUCAAAAGGCCCAGCCCAGCCUGUACAUCGACCACACGUGCUCUGCCGAGCUGUUCCCGCCCCACCUGCGCAUCUCACUGCGCGGCCACAGCAACGAAGUGUGCGUCGCGCGACCAGUCGUGCAUCAUAUGGAGCACCACCGAUUACUCGAUUGUGCACCGGUCUCGAGGGACACACAGGCAAAAUAUCGUACCUCUCAUGGUCGCCCGACAGCGAAUAUCUUGUGUCAGCCAGCGACGACAAGAAGCUGCUGCUGUGGGAUGUUCACUCGGGCAAGCUCCGUCACACGUUUACUGGCCACACGGAAACCAUUACCGCGUGUCGGUGGCUGUCGGACGGUGAGCGGUUCUUGUCGGCCGGGAUGGACAAGAAGAUCAUCAUGUGGAGCGCAAAGGGCCACAAGCUCAAGCACAUCGACACGCCGCGUGUGCACGACAUCGCCAUCUCGUCUGACGAUAAGACAAUGGUGGUGGCCGAUGACAGAGAGAACGUCUAUAUAUACGACCUGGCUUCAGUGACGCUGAAACACAAGCUCAAGGAGACUGCCGGCAUCAUGUCACUGAGCCUCACAGCCGACUCACGCUACUGCCUAGUUGGCUUGUUCAAGGGCGAGCUGCACCUGUGGGAUCUGCGCACCCAGGUGGUCCCUAUCGUGAUCAGGUCGGGGUUUGCUGGCGUCGACGACCGGUUCGUGGUUGUCGGAAGCGAAGACAGCCUGGUAUUUGUAUGGAACCGCAAUACGGGUAACCUGCUGGCUCGCCUCAAGGGCCACGCACGUACGGUCAACGGGUUCGCCUGGAGCACUGGUCUGGCCGCCCUGGCCACCAUCUCUGACGACAAGACCAUCUGUCUGCAUGUCACCAUCGGACCUUUGCCGGAUCCGCCGUUGCAUCAGUCGGUGGGUCUUUGCCGCCAAAGGGCAAGGAUUCGGCGCCGUCCGUCGCCCGCUUUAAGCCAACACACUGAUGAGCAUGACCGUGAAGAAGAGGAAGAUGACGAUGAGGACGACGAUGAGGGGGAGGAAGACGAAGAGGAGUAUGGCUUGCGCAGCCGCCGCCAUGACAGUAGUGAUGAAGGACGACGAGUCCAUGUCUUCAGGCUCUGGGAGGAAAUACCAGCCUGGAAGGCCCGUCGACCGGCGCCAGUGGCCUUCUGUCCUUCUACUGACAUUGUAAUUUUCCUCGUAUCAUCCAAACAUAUACCACUUUUCUUUCCACAUUCGGGUAUCCACAUGUGCACUGCAGAUCCAGGCUGCUUGUUUGCAAACACGGCUUUGUUGGUGAGCGUUGUUAGCCAGUGA